CAAUGAGAAUAUACCUGUUCGUGGCACAGUUGAUCGCACGAUGAUGAAUGGAACCUCCUGGCCUAGGAAUUAUUACUUAAUUUGGAGAUACGCAGUCACAAUUACACAGGCAGAUUACACUCGUGGGCGUCCUUCUAGCAUUUCAACCACAGCGCAGAAUCCACAGAGGCAAAUGUGAUGGGUAACACGCUCUAUUCGAAUUUCAACCAACAUAGCUUUAGUCCAUUCUUCGUUGAUGUUAACGGAACGGCAGCGAUGCCACCGCUCAAAACCAUUCCGUUUCUGCCUGGUCCAGCAGGCUACCUAGCUAGCUGGCGGAAGAGAGCAUCCAUAGAUGAUGCCCGGUCCAAUGUUUCCCCGAAACCUUCUGCUAGUGUCAAGGGGCCUCAUCCUCAAGUUCUGCCCUUUUUCGAACGCCAUUCUUCUAUGAAUUCUACGCUUUUAGGUGAAGAUGGCCCAUCAAACUGAGGGUUGCGUGGUUCUAGAGUAUGAAAAGCUGCGCCCAGUAGGCCUACUAGAACGGUACUCCACAGCGCGGCAUCACCUUGGCUUCUAUAUCAAUGUCGCCGUAUCAGCAACAUAUACCCUGCCGGAAACAUGCUCGUACCCGCUGAAGAGUUUCAUAUAUAGAGCAUGCAAAAUACUUAUUGGCCAACAUCCUAUACUCUCCGUCAUCCCUGUGGGCGAAAAUACGGAUGAACCCCAUUUUGUUCGCCUUCCAGCAAUUGAUUUGGAUGCCUGCAUUUCCUUCGAAGAAAGGCGGCAUGGCAACCUUGUUUCCAACCAUUCCUCCAAUCCUGAUCCAGAUAUGGACUUGGAAAAGCUUCUGAACAUCCAACACAACAUCCCAUUUUCUCCACCUUGUCCAUUUUGGAGACUAUGUAUCUUAGCGAAUCAUGAUCAUCCACAUAUAUUCACUGCCUCGUUCAUCUUUCAUCACGCCAUUGGAGAUGGCACGUCUGGAAUGGCUUUUCAUAAAACGUUUCUCCGCGCCUUACAUCUCGAGCUUUCUUCAGCCGAGUCCUCAGACCAAGUAGAUUGUACGAUUGUAUCGCCGAAUAUUCCCCUGUUACCUAACAUAGAAGCGCUCCACCCGAUGACGGUUUCGAUCCCGUUUCUCCUUUCGAUACUCUUCAGGGAGAAAAUAUGGAACAAACAGGAUCCCAACUUGUGGACUGGCUCAAAGAUUACCAUGCCCCUAGAAAAUGAAAUACGCCUUCUUGUCCUUUCCGAAUCUCAGACUCUUUCUUUCAGGGACCUCUGUCGCAAAAAUAAGACUACUAUAACAGCAGCUCUUCACACCUUGGUUGCGGGAGCUGUUUUCUUGAACGUCUCGGCGCAUUACUCUCGACUCCGAUGUGUUGGCGCGCUCUCAAAUCGGCGUUGGCUUGUGGAGCGGAUCUCCGAUGACUCUAUGGGUGUGUUCGUGCAAAACUUGCACGAUUCAUAUCAUCGAGAGAAGUUUUUUGACCAGUCCGGAAACUUCAAGUUUCCGUGGGACGAAGCCGUCAGAUCCCGGAAAACAAUUGAGGACACAAUAAACAUGAAAGGCAAAAAUGCAAUGCCGAAUCUAUUAAAAUAUGUGGGCAAUUUCCACAGCGAGCUGUUCCUAUCUAAAGUAAGCAAAGACAGAGCAGAUAGCUACGAAGUAUCAAACUUGGGUGUAUUCAGGUCUAAUCUAGGACCAGAGGCCGGAUCGCAGAACCCACGAAUUGGCAGGAUGGUCUUUUCGCAGAGUGGUAAUGUUGCAGGGAGUGCGUUUGCGGUGUCCACCAUUACCGGUAGUGACGGAUGCCUAGUGUUAGCGUUUUCAUGGCAAAAAGAUGUCAUAGAACUUCAUUUGGCAGGAGACAUUAUGAAAACGGUUGUACAGCAGUUGGCUAUCAUAUGAUGUUGGAAGAUGGCACAGCCGCAAGAACAUACAUACUUCUUUACGAACCACGCUACUUUUCAACUGUAAUAUUUCGCCUUUAAUUAAUUAUUGACUUCAACAGGUCGGUGUGAAUUAAUUGUAAUAUUUUAUAUAACUGUUUAAUUAAUUUUUUUAAAAAUGAGAAUAUCUACUAAAUCAAGC